AUGAAGAGCGUAUUCACAGCAGCAAGGGGCCCGUCUCCUGAAGAGAACAAUAUUGGAGUCACUAUUGCCCCAAAUGUGCCCGGGAUAAACGGAAAAUCAAGUGACGGAAAGUCGCGGUUCAAGACUCUCAGCGCGUUUACUGACAAUGCUUCGUACAAGCAAUUUGACCCUGAGACUCUUGAGCCCCUUGGAGUCGCCAGCCAGGGCUCCCUUCAUCCUGCCCUCGCCGGACCACUUAGCGCAGCCCAUGCAAACUACGACCCUGUCAAUGGAGAUGUGCUAAACCAUAACCUGACCUUUGGCCUGAACUCCGUCUACCGCGUCUUCAAAACUAUUGGCAGGCUGAAAACCGAGCUCGUUCAUGAAACCAACCCUGUGCAACUUGGCGCUUUGAGCUCAAGGUGUCUCCCACUUCGCGCGCUCUUUUAUUGCUCCUCUCAACGCGGGAGAGAUGUCCCCUCUCUGCAAGAUCUAGUUCGUCGGCGGCCCGCUUGCGCAACUCGUCACACAUCUGGUUUAUAUAGGUAG